AUGGGCAUGCCGAAGGGCGCUGGCACCGAGAGGAGGCCGGGCAGCUCGGCGUUUGCCGGGCCCGACAACCGCGUCGUGGGAUUUCAACCCACAGACAGAAGUGCCCGCCUCCGGCUACGAUCGCUUUGCAACAAACAGCGCCGCCUUGCGAGUAACGAUAACGACCAAAGCCCUCUUGGGCGCGAGGAGGAGGAGAGCGGGUGCGUGAAUAUGCCCCGCGCUUGUCUAUCACUAAUUUACCACGAGAAGAAGACGCGCAAAUUGCGCGAAGGCGAGAAGAGAAGGGCUAAUGAAGCCCGCGCUCCACCAUCUUCGCCCUCGGACCAUGACCAAGGGCGCGGGGAGCUCAUCUAG